AUGCGUUGGUCUUCCGUUCUUUCUUCUGCCCUGCUCGUCGCUGGCGCGAGCGCUUUCUCUCACCAUUCUCACAAGAACCCCACUCCGUCACCGAGUGCCUCGUCCUCGGUGGCAGUUUCGAUUCCUUCCGCUGCACCUCUCAUAGCUGCCGGUGCUGCUGCAACUCCGUCCUACUGGUUGGCCGAUAUCACUCAUCAGGGAAAUGCUCCCUUUGCCGCUAGCGGGUACACCGUCUUCCGCAAUGUCAGGGACUACGGUGCUGCCGGAGACGGUGUGACAGAUGAUACCGCUGCUAUUCAAAGGGCCAUCAGCGACGGUAACCGCACAGGUCCAUCGUCCAACACUACAACCACCAUCACCCCGGCUAUUGUCUACUUCCCCGCCGGCACCUAUGUGAUUUCUUCUCCUAUUAUUGACUACUACUUUACCCAGCUCGUUGGCAACCCCAACAGCCCUGCUGUCCUUCAAGCCACCGCCGGCUUUACCGGUAUUGGCCUUAUCGAUGGUGACCAGUACCAGUCCAGCGGCAAGGAGGGCUGGAUGUCUACCAAUGUCUUCCUCCGCCAAAUCCGCAACUUGGUCAUCGACAUGACCAAGAUUCCUGGCACUACUGCUGCUACCGGUAUUCACUGGCCCACGUCGCAGGCUACUAGCCUGCAAAACGUGGUUGUCAACUUGAACGCUGACGAGGGUACCCAGCAUACGGGUAUUUUCAUCGAAGAUGGAUCCGCUGGAUUCAUUGGUGACGUUAUUGUCAACGGUGGUCUACAAGGUUUCAACAUUGGCAACCAACAGUACACCAUGCGCAACGUUACCGUCAACAAUGCCGUCACUGGUAUCACCCAACUCUGGAACUGGGGCUGGACUUACAUUGGACUGACUCUCAACAACUGUCAAACUGGUAUCAGGUUUGCUGGAUCCAGUGACGCUCAAGUCGUCGGUGGUGUCAACAUCAUCGAUAGCACCAUCACUAACGUCAAAACAUUUGUCAACACCACUUGGACCCCCACUGCCAACCCCGCUGGUGCUGGUAACUUGAUCUUGGAGAACGUUGUUUUGGACACUGUCCCCACCGCCGUUGCUGGAACUGGCACUGUUUACCUCGAAGGAGGCUCUACCACUAUUGCCAACUACGGCCAGGGCCACGAGUACACUCCUACUGGCCCUGCCACUCUCUCUGGAACCUACGCCGCUGCAUCCCGCCCCACCGGUCUUUUGGCAUCCGGCACCUCCAACUACUACACCAAGUCCAAGCCCCAGUAUGAGUCUUAUACCACCAAUCAAGUUGUCAGCAUCCGCAGUGCCGGUGCUGCUGGUGACGGUACCACUGAUGACACCGAUGCCAUCAACUCUGCUCUCAAGUCUGCUGCCUCCAGUGGUUCUCUUGUCUUCUUUGACUAUGGCGUGUACUUGGUCAGCGACACUAUCUACUUCCCCCCUGGCUCCAAGGUUGUUGGAGAAAGCUACCCCAUCAUCGCAGGUAGCGGCGGCAAGUUCUCCGAUGCAUCCAAGCCCUACCCUGUUGUCCAGGUCGGCAAGAGCGGUGAUACUGGUACCAUCGAAUGGUCCGACAUGCGCGUUGGUACUAUUGGCGGCACUGCUGGCGCUAUUCUUAUUGAAUGGAACUUGGCCGGCGAUUUGGGUUCUGGUGCAUGGGACGUGCACUCGCAGAUUGGUGGAUGGGAGGGAUCUAAACUGCAGCUCAGCCAAUGCCCAACCACUGCUGCUGUUUCAACUGAGUGUGAAGCUGCGUUCUUGAACGUACACAUUACUUCCGACGCGUCGAACGUAUAUCUCGAGAACAACUGGUUCUGGACUGCUGAUCACGAUAUUGAAGACCCGGCCAACACGCAGAUCUCUGUCUAUACAGGCCGCGGUGUUCUUGUGGAGGGCAGCAACAUUGAAAUGUGGGGAACCGGCGCUGAACACCACGGGCUGUACCAAUUCCAAUUCAAUGGCGCCUCUAACGUCGUCGGUGGAUACUUCCAAACCGAAACACCCUACUACCAGCCCAAGCCCGAUGCCACAUCCGGCCCUUACCAAUCCAUCACCACAACCCCCUGGUCUGACCCCGACUUCAGCACCUGCCUCAAAGGCAACUGCGACGCUUUAGGUCUCCACAUCACCGACAGCACCGCCAUCACCAUGUACGGUGUCGGCUUGUACAGCUUCUUCAACGACUACAGCACCACUUGCUCCAACAACGGCAACGGCGAGAACUGCCAGAGUGAAAUCUUCCGUGUUGACGGCACGGUUUCUGGUCUGAAUGUUUACGGUUACCAGACCGUUGGUACUACGAACAUGAUUACCAUCAACGGCACCAGCGCGGCGCUGUACUCGGACAAUUUGAGUGUCUACCCUGACUCUAUCGCUUUGUUCAGCUACUAG